AUGCACCCGCAGUCCACCGCGCAGUCUCCCAAUGACGACACAUUGAAGCAGAGUCGAAACGUAUACGUCGCCAGUCUGCCACUCAGCUUUGACGACCAACACCUGCAAGAUCUCUUUUCCCCCUACGGGCGCAUCGUCUCUGCACGUAUCAUGCGCGCCAAGAAGUCGCACGCGUCGAAGGGCUACGGAUUUGUCAUGUUCCGCGAGGUUAGCUGUGCAGAGAAGGCGAUCGAGGGUCUGCACGGCCGCGUCGUGGGUGGCUCACGGAUUCAAGUACGCCGCGCAAAUGCCGAUGCGUCCAUGACGUUCAGUAAAGUGCUACACACUCCCGUAGGCCCACGCAGCACACCGCCCACUCAGAGUAACGGCGCCGCGUCUGUUUUGCAGUACACAAUUCCAGCUGCUUCCGCGCAGCAUGUCGUGUACUCGACAGCUCUUCCCCAGGGUGUCACCGGCCUUCACGCAGCACCGCCGUCAAGCUUUCCGUAUGCGAUCGUUGCGCCAAACACUUAUCCAAACCAGAAUCCGACCCCUGUAUCAAUCAAUCAAAGCUAUGGCGCUAUAAUGAACUCCCAUGUGCCUCAGGCACAUAGCGGUGGAAUUGGUGUCUCCCACUUUUCGCACGUGCAGCCACAUCAGAUAUCUGCGCAGGCCGUGCAGCAGCAACAGCCUAUCUACAUGGUACUCCUCCCCGACGGACAGCACCUUGUUCAGCCUUGCCAGUUUUCCAUGUAG